GAGCUAGUUCCAGUACAGGCUCCAAAGCUACAGAGAAACUCUGUCUCAAAAAACCAAAAAUAAAACAAAAAAGAGAGAGAAAGAAGAGCAAAACUAAGUUGAGAGAACUUCAACCAUUUGCCCAGGUUUGCACAGCUAAAGCAACAGGACAACCGCCAGCCCUGCCGUGCCGACCACAGUGUAUGCCUCCCAGCCCAUGGAGGAAAAAAAUCAGUCAUUUGAGCUGACCUCCCCUCAGUACCGUCAAGCAUUGUAUCCACAGGUCCUCUGUUACCCCAUGACAUUCCCUACUACAACCCCAAUAUGUGGAUUUUACUUUGGGGGAGGGGGAUUGACAGCAUUGAAAUAGGCUCACUGUAACCCAGGCUAGCCUCAAACUACACUGAUCCCCCCUGAUCAGCCUCCCGAGUGUUGGGAUUUACGGGCUUGAACCUCUACACCGUAUCCACUUGUGCCUUAUGCAUAACCCAAAAUUUGACCGAGAAAACAGUUGAGGACCAGGGAUGUAACUGAGUUGAUAAGAGUACUAACCUAAUGAAUGAGUCUGUGAGUUCUAUAACCUGUCUGUAGUAUGGUUCGCAGACACAGUGACAAAGCUAUAACCUUAGUACUUGGGGGUGAAGGCAAAAGGAUCAGAAGUUCAAAGCGAUACCACUUAGGAAUUUGAGAUCAGUCAGGGCAAUAUGAGACCCUGUCUCACAACAAAACAGGUUGAGAGGUAUGCAGCAUGACUCCCAGACUAAGGAGGACAAGGCUGGAUUUCUAAACUACAAACCUCAUCUAAGCCUGGCAAUGGUGGCACGUGCCUUUAACCUCAGCCCUACAGAGGCAGGCAAAUCUCUGUGAGUUCAAGGUCAACGUGGUCUACAAAGUGAGUUCCAGGACAGCUAGGACUGUUGCAGAGAAAGCCUGUCUCAAAAAAACCAAAACCAAAAAACAACAAAAAUGAAUAAAAAAUAUAAAAAUAAAAGGCUCAUCAGUGAAGAUUCUCAGGUCCCAGCCCCAACCGCCACCCGACCCCCAUCUUGUAUGCACACUAUUCUUUGGUGUAUGUAGCUGGCUGUGGGCUGCUGUGGCCAUCCAGGGUUUAAGAUACCUAACCAGCUCUAUUAGCUGGGGGUGCUGCGGGGAGGUGUUAUGUGUCAGUCGUUCAUUGGCUGGGAACGUAUUCCCCAGAUGAGCCUGGCAAGAAGGUUCUCAGCGGUGAGGAAAACACCUAGGUUUCAUGAUGUGGCAGACUGCUAGGGAAGGGUUCACGAGACAGAAGAGGAGGUCUCUCAGUAAAAGCAGACAGGAUGUGCCAAGUCCCACCCCGGAGGCGGAGCCAAGACUGAGGCCCUCCAGCCCUGACUCCUCCAUCCUUUCAGGAAUCCAGACCAGAGCAGAGCCUGAGCCUGGUUCCUGCCUUCCCCAGCAUAGGAGCAACAGGCAGUCAUGGGCCAGGACACCAGGCAUGACCUGAAGCCCUGAAGAGUGGCUGCUGUGACUCUGAUCCUCAGAGGAAGGCCCAGCUAGCAAGCACCACCUGUUCCUAAGAGCCAUGCAUGCUGACUGCAGCUUCAGGCCUUCCAUAUGCCAAGGCCCAUGAUGACACCCAACAACACUGGGGAGGUGGCCAGCUCCAUUCCCAAGGGGGUACUGGGGAUUUCCCUGGCCCUGUCAAGUUUCAUCGUUGUUGCCAACCUGCUCCUAGCCCUAGGCAUCGCCCUGGACCGCCACCUGCGCAGCCCACCUGCUGGUUGCUUCUUCCUGAGCCUGCUACUGGCCGGGCUAUUCACAGGGCUGGCACUACCCAUGCUCCCUGGGCUGUGGAGCAGGAGCCACCGGGGCUACUGGUCCUGUCUCUUUCUCCACUUGGCCCCCAACUUCUCUUUCCUCUCCCUGCUUGCCAACCUGCUGCUAGUGCAUGGGGAGCGAUACGUGGCGGUGUUGCAGCCACUCCGGCCCCAUGGGAGUAUGCGGCUAGCCCUGCUCCUCACCUGGGCCAGCCCCCUGCUUUUUGCCAGCCUGCCUGCUCUGGGCUGGAACCAUUGGAGUCCUGGUGCCAACUGCAGCUCCCAAGCUGUCUUCCCAGCCCCCUACCUCUACCUCGAAGUCUAUGGGCUCCUUUUGCCUGCUGUGGGAGCUGCUGCCCUUCUGUCUGUCCGAGUGUUGGCUACUGCCUACCGCCAGCUGCAGGAUAUCUGCCGACUGGAGCGGGCAGUGUGCCGUGAUACUCCCUCAACCCUGGCCAGGACUCUCACCUGGAGGCAGGCUAGGGCGCAGGCAGGAGCCACGUUGCUCUUUUUGCUGUGUUGGGGACCCUAUGUGGCCACACUGCUCCUGUCAGUGCUGGCCUAUGAGCGGCGUCCACCACUAGGGCCGGGAACUCUGCUAGCUCUCAUCUCACUGGGCAGUGCCAGUGCUGCAGCUGUGCCUGUGGCCAUGGGUCUGGGCGAUCAGCGCUACACAGCCCCAUGGAGGGCAGCUGCCCAAAGGUGGCUGCGAGUGCUUCGAGGAAGGGCCAAGAGGGACAGUCCAGGCCCCGGCACCACUGCCUACCACCCCAGCAGCCAAAGCAGCAUGGACCUGAACUUGAACUAGGGAAGCAGAGCUACUGCUGCCCCCCAGGAGCAUUCAUCCAUCUCUUAUGCCCUACUUCUCUGAGUUGAAGCCCUUGCUCCACGAGACCUCACCCUGACCAAAUAAAUCUCUGGCUACCAUUUCAAGUUAUCUCCUUCCAUAUCUCAGUAAGGGAGAGAGGCAGGUUGACUGCCUUAGACGGACCCAGAGACGGACUGAGUACCAAAGAGAUUUCACCUCCAACUAAGCACUGUUCUGUCCAGCCGCCACAAAAUGCACACAGACACUGCCUCUGGGAAGUAUAUUUUAUUUACAUUUUUAAAAUCUGUAACUAGUCUCUCUUCCUCCUUUCCUUCCCCAGAGAGUUGGGAAGGGAAAGAACGGGAACCUCAAAGACCUACCCCCCCCCGACAUACAAAGACGCACCCCAUGGCUCACACCAGCAAAUCAAAGUGAAAGAAACAUGGGCCCCCUAAAGGGCCCCAGGGCUGGACAGGAGAGGGAGGGCCUGGUAAGGUGGGUUU